AUGAAAACUUUGUAUGCCAAGAUCCUUAUUCUAGCUGCUAUUCUGGCCCAGUGCAGAUCAUUGGCCCCACAGGAAGCAUGUGGCACAGCAGAGACAGCGGACAUUUUGUUCCUUGUGGAUGAGUCCUGGAGCCUAGGGCAGGACAACUUCCAGCUGAUAAAAGACUUUAUCUACAAUGUCAUCCGGACGUUUGAACAUGCAAUGGUGGGGAAGGCGGGCAUUCGGGUGGGUGUGAUACUGCAUGGAGAUAAGCCAAGAAUCAGCAUUGAAUUGACGGAUUACAUCACUAUCGAGGAGGUGCUGGUGGCUGUCCGGGACCUGUUCUUCAAAGGCGGAAAUGCAAAAACAGGAAAUGCUCUUUCCUUCCUAGCUGACAUGAUAAUCAGUGCAGGAAUGCUGCGAGAAGAUGCAGCAAAGGUUGUGAUUUUAAUUACAGAUGGGAAAUACUCUGAUUCUGUAGAUGACUCCGCGGCAGCUCUUAAGGACAAGGGUGUCACUAUAUUUGCAGUGGGGAUAAAAAAUGCAGAUAGGAAUUUGCUGAGAAAAAUAGCAUCAGAGCCCAUAGAGGAGCACAUGCUUUAUGCCCAGGACUUUCAUCUGCUCAGCAGCCUCUCACCAAAGCUCUCGCGGAGACUUUGCUUCACUGCCUCAGAGCCUCCACAACCUGCAAAGCAAACAGCCCAUGUUGAGAAGAGGAUUGGGCCACGGGACCUCACCAUCAGUGAACAAAGCUACAGCUCUCUGAGGCUUAGCUGGACUCCAGCCACGGGAAAAGUGACCAGCUACCACGUGCUCCUGGAUUUACUCUCUGCUACUGGGCAGGUCACUCCAGAGGAUCAGCGGCAGAUCAUUUUGGAUGCCAGCAAGAACACCGUGUUGGUGACAGAUCUGAAACCUGACAGGAAAUAUUUCUUCACGGUCUCGGCUGCUUAUGUGGAUGCUUUCGGAGAGCCGACAACCAUCAAAGGGAAAACAACUCCGAUACCUCCAGUGACCAAUUUCCGGGUCAUAGAAGAAGGGCUGUAUAGCCUCAAAGUUGCUUGGACAUCUCCUUUAGGAAAGCUAGAAGGCUACAAGAUCUACAUCCCAAGAUCCAAGAGGCCUGGAAUGACUUCGGAAAAGAUUCUGGGCAAUGAUGUCUCCUCGUAUGUCCUUGAUAACUUGCAGGAGGAUAAGGAUUAUACGGUCAGCAUUUAUGCUGUCUAUCCAGAAGGGCCAAGCCCGCCAGUGUCAACGACAGGCAGAACUUUAAAGCUCUUGCCGGUGAAAAGCAUCUUACUCCAGAAUGAGACCACCAACACCAUCCAGGCCAGAUGGACGCAAGUUAGGGGAGCAUCAGGAUACAGACUAACAUGGGUGUCUUCAGAAGGCAGUGUUCAGAAUGUGAACUUGGGUGACACUUACAGCUACUACAUGAUCCAAGGACUACAACCUGGCAUUGAAUAUGUCGUCACAGUGAAUCCGAUCUUUGGAGCCAUCGAAGGGCCGAUCGUGACUGCAAAGGCGACAACUUUGUCAUCAAGCGCUGUGCAAAUUUUGAAAGCAACAGAUGUCACAAUCAAUUCUGUGCUGGUUUCCUGGAAUUCAGUCCCUGGUGCUACUGGCUAUCGCGUGACGUGGGGUCCAACACCAGAAUUCUUUGGCAGAGACCGUCCUCGGCAGCUUGCUCUGAACAGCUCCACCACAGUCUACCUCCUGCAAAACCUGGCCCAUAACACGGAAUAUGUGAUUUCUCUGUAUGUGCUUUUUGGCUCAGUUGAAGGUCCUGGGAUCACCAUUACUGCAAGGACGUCUCCUCUGGGCUACGUGUCGGAUUUCAGGAUAGCAUCUUUCACAAACACUUCCAUCUCUCUGUCUUGGAGUGCCGUCCCUGCUGCCACCAAAUACAAAAUCGUCUGGAAGCCUUCAGGGAAAGAGAGAGAGACUGCUAAGAGCCAGCUGCUAGACAGCUGGGUUCUGGAUUACCGCUUGGAAAAUUUGUUGCCUGGCACCCAGUACACAAUUGGCAUUCGUGCUGUGUUUGGAGUCUCCCACGGAAAAGAAGUUACUCUCACUCAUGGUACCAUGCGAUCUCAUGAGAAUCUAUCUGUUCCUGCAUCAACGGUCACAUCUGCAAAGCCUGUUACAGCAAGAUUUCUACUAACAAGUUCCAGUCAAUUAACUCUUCCAACAGCCACCUCUCUUGGACCAAGACACACCUCUGCACACACAGCUAGGACCACUAAAAUAUUCACACCCUCAGCUAUCACCUCUGCCCCAAUUUGCAGCAAGUUCAAAGCUGACAUUGCCUUCCUGGUGGAUGAGUCCUCCAGCAUCGGCCAAAGCAAUUUCAUCAAAGUGAAGGACUUCCUCUUCCGCAUUAUCUCUUAUUUCCCCAAAAUUGGGCCUGAAGGCACACAGAUUGCUGUAGCUCAAUACAGUGAAGAGCCCAGGACGGAAUUUCAUUUUAACCGGUAUAAGGACCGGAAUGGUGUUCUGAAAGCUCUUAAAAGACUACGAUAUGCUGGAGGAAAUACAAAGACCGGUCGAGGCAUUGGCUAUGUGCUGAAGGAGAUAUUUCAAGCCUCCAAAGGGAUGAGGCCAACAGUGCCUCGCACCCUGGUUUUGCUGACGGAUGGCCAGUCGCAGGAUGAUGUGAUGCCACCAGCCAAAGUGGCCCACAUUAUAGGAAUCCGCAUGAUUGCUGUGGGCAUUUCAGGAGCCGACCCAGAGGAACUGAAAAGGGUCUUGUUGCACCAAAACCUACACAACCUCUUCUACGUCAGCACUUUUGAUGACCUCCCCCAGAUCCUAAGGGAGCUCAUUGAAACCAUUUGCUUUGGCUCACCAGAAGCGGCUGUUGUGCUCCAGCCUAAGGGGGUGGGGGUCAUUUUCUCAUAUUGCCGUUUUUGGCAUGUAGGCCUUGUUUGA